AUGCGUGCCUCCGAUCAGUCAGAGGUUGUGAUAUCUCCGGAUGACACCUGCGACAUUCGUAUCACAGUGCUGACGGAGGAGUGCGACAAGUACCCAGCAAAGCAGCACGCACGCAGAGUGGCUGCAAAACUAGGAGCUAGUAAUGGCCUCAUCUAUCUCGCCGGCAAGGCGACCAGAAACUGGGGCGACUCAGAUCAACAACGUCCUUUCCGACAAAGACGGUAUUUUUACUACGUGAGCGGCGUGGAUGAGGCGGACUGCCACUUGACAUACGAUAUUCGCAACGACGUCUUGACCCUCUAUGUUCCGAAAAUCAGCCUGCGGGAAGCGAUAUAUAUGGGGCCGACGCUAAGCGUGGAUGAGGCACAACAGCGUUACGAUAUAGAUUGCGCACGCUACUACGACACUAUACAACGUGACUUGGCGGAAUGGAUCGAUCGCUAUAACCAAGAUGCUCCAAUCUACAUCUUACACGACACUCAAGCACCCGAUAUCCCUUUGAACGACCUCAGAUUGGACGAAAAGUCAUUGUUGCCUGCGAUGGAUGCUGCGAGAGAAGUCAAGGACGAGUAUGAGAUCCGAAUGAUACGCGAAGCCAACAGGAUUUCAGGACUAGCGCACCGAAAGGUUCUUGAGAACAUACACCGCAUGUCUAACGAAGGAGAGAUAGAGGGUCUAUUUCUGGAUGUUUGCGUGUCGCAUGGGGCCAAGAAUCAGGCGUAUGGCAUAAUCGCCGGAUCAGGACCCAAUGCCGCCGUUCUUCACUACAUGAAGAACAACGAGCCUCUCAGAGGAAGGCAGCUUGUCUGCAUCGAUGCAGGCGCAGAAUGGAACUGCUAUGCUAGUGAUGUCACUCGAACAAUCCCUCUAGGACGAGAUUGGCCCAGUGAGCAUGCAAAAGAUAUCUAUGCCAUCGUAGAGGAGAUGCAGGAAGAAUGUAUCAGACGUGUCAGGCAGGGGGUGCGAUACCGGGAGUUGAACGAGCUUGCACAUGUCAUCGCCAUCAAAGGACUGCAGAGACUUGGAAUCCUCAACGACGGAAGCGUAGAUGAAAUUCGCCAAUCCGGAGCAUCAGCGGUUUUCUUCCCUCAUGGACUUGGCCAUCAUGUAGGACUGGAGGUCCAUGACGUGUCGGCGCAGCCGAUAACUGCUUCUGACCAGGCCGAUGGGCAUCGCUAUCGCGAGUUUGUACCGACAAUGAGCACGCCGCUACUUCAGGAAGGUAUGGUGAUUACCAUUGAGCCAGGGAUUUACUUCAACAGGCUUGCUUUGGAGAACGCUCGGACACUGUCGUUAUCAAAGUACAUCAACUUUGACAAGGCUGAGCAGUACCUUCCUGUUGGUGGUGUACGCAUUGAAGACGACCUCUUGGUUACGCGCACGGGCUAUGAGAAUUUGACUACAGCACCAAAAGGCCAGGAGAUGCUUGAAAUCAUUCGCCGUUGUGGAAAUUAA